GACACCGUUGGAUCAAAUCCAGAAGUGCGUGUGUGUGUUCUUUAGUAUAUAUAAUCAAAUCCUUCGCUUCCGACGAACGCAAAUAAUCACAAAACCUAUCUUCCAUACACGGACGCCUUUGCGCAAGUUCUAGAGGGAGGAGAGAGAGAAGCAAAAAUGGCGGCAACAGUGAGCGCGUGGACUAAACCCGGCGCAUGGGCUUUGGAUUCGGAGGAGAAUGAGUCGGAGCUCGUCCAAGAACACAAACAAGAUUAUGUGAACGACAACUCAAGCGGCGGCGGUGAUACAGCGGAUUUUCCAUCCUUGGCGGCGGCAGCCUCCACCAAGACCAAGAAGAAGAAGCCCCAAACUCUGUCCCUUCAGGAAUUCGCAACUUACAAGCCUUCUCAGCCGAUCCUUGCCAAGGGACUAACCGCCGAUGAAAUGAUGACCCUUCCCACCGGCCCUACUCAGCGCUCUCCUGAGGAGCUUGAUCGUAAUAAGCUAGGCGGCGGUUUCAAAUCCUAUGGCUCUUACAACGAACGGUCGUCAAGGUAUGAGCAGCAGCGUCGCCAGGGAAGUUCUAAUAGGGACUCGAACGGGGAGUUUGGGACUUCGCGUGACGAGACCGAUAAUUGGGCUGCGGGAAAGAAAUCAACGGUUGGUAAUGGAUUCGAGAGACGGGAGAGAGGAGAAAGAGGAGGGUUUUUCUCGGGCUCGCAGUUCAGGGCUGAUGAAUCUGAUAAUUGGGGUUCCAAUAAGGCUUUUGUGCCGUCUGAACCUCGAAGAUAUGAUAGAAGAGGGGGCUUUGGAUUGGAGUCCAAUAACGGUGGUGCAGAUACAGAUAAUUGGGUAAAGAGGAAGGAAGAUUGCCCAAAAAAUGGUGGAGCAUUUGAUAGUUUGAGGGAAAGAAGAGGGAGCGUUGAAUCCACCGGUGGAGAUUCUGAGGCAUGGGGGAGGAAAAUAGAGGAUGGGAGCGGUGGUAUUGGUGGCAGGCCGAGGUUAAAUUUGCAACCAAGGACACUGCCUGUGGGUGAGGGGCCGAAGGGUGAGAAUACAGUGAAGUCAAAGGGUAAUAAUCCGUUUGGAGAGGCAAGGCCAAGGGAAGAGGUUUUGAAGGAGAAGGGGCAAGAUUGGAAGGAAAUUGAUGAGAAGCUCGAGACUACGAAAAUAAAGGAGGUUGGUACUGAGUCCCCCGAUGGCCAGGCAGUCGGGAAGAGAAGUUUUCGGAGACAGCCGGAGGAGAGAACCUGGAAGAAGCCGGAGUCUGCUGAUUAUCGUCUCCAUAGUGCUGAGGGAACUGAAAAUGAAGCUGCUGAGGAAACUGAAAAUGGAUCUGCUGAAGAUAGCGAUAUGAUGCUGCCGUUGCAGUAAAGGGAAAGCAGUGAUGGGGGCAUUACGUCUUGAUCGAGAUUUCAAAUUUAUUGUUUCUGUCCAAGAGUUUUGUUCAAUAAAGUUAUUUUGAUGCACAACAUAAGAGUCAUUUUUGGUAGAUUUACAGGUAGGGAACAUUUUUAAGGCCUAAUAGUCUUGUUUGUACUUGGUAUUACGACCAUGAUACUGCUCUUUCUGUUUUUCAAGCCGAUAGACGCGAUGUUAUGGAGUUUUAUGGGUUCAUUA